AUGCACGGACAUCGUCAAAGCGGCAAGUCAACGGUGAUAUAUGCAGCACGACGGUAUCUCCACACCUUGACAGUGGACAUGGCUGCCUUCGGACUGACCACACCUGAUGCCUACAUCAUUUCAUUCGACGCUGGGAUUGAUAUUGAUAACGGAGUCGAUGCAUAUUGGAAGUCCGUAUGCGAAAAGUUACGUGUCUUGAAUCCGACCUUGUUCGCCUUUGACGAACAAUUGCGUGUAACUUCGCACACGUUCGAGAGUUUCUUUCUGCGGCGGAGUUCAUCACGGCCAAUAAUUCUCUUUAUUGAUGAGGCCUCAUGCCUGGUCGGCAAGGAUCCUGCAAUCAGUAAUAGUCUGCUGGGCACAUUACGUUUACUUAAAGGUGAUAGGGAUAAACGUUGCCUGCAUGCUAUCGCACUU